CGGAACCAUCGUGGGUGUUUCGACGAGUCCGUCUGACCUCCCUAAGCCCUCAACGAAAGUCUCUGCUCAGGCUGUCCAAGCUAAUUCAUCAUGGCUGGUGGCGCUGUCGUAGCAUCAAGUAGUCGUCGCAGAACGCUGGCUGGGCAGUCAGGUUUUGCGGGGCUGGUACAUAACCGCAAGGUCUUCGCAAUUGCAGUCUUCGCGUCUCUGGGUGGUAUGCUUUAUGGAUACAACCAGGGUGUCUUCUCAAGUGUACUCACCAUGUAUAACUUCGACCAACGUAUGGGAACUGCCGUCACGAAUACCGACACCAAGGGUUGGCUCGUUUCGGUGCUUGAGCUUGGCGCCUGGUUCGGUGUGCUCUGCACCGGCUACCUCGCUGACAGGCUCUCGCGGAAAUACUCCAUCGUUCUCGCUGUUGUGGUCUUCUGCAUUGGCGUUAUCGUUCAGGUCACUGCGUUCCACCCCUCAUCCAUAUUUGCAGGCCGGUUGAUUACCGGUCUGGGUGUUGGUUCGCUGAGUAUGGCUGUUCCGCUUUACAAUGCCGAGCUCGCACCACCAGAAGUUCGUGGUAGUUUGGUCGCGCUCCAGCAACUCGCGAUCACCUUCGGGAUCAUGGUCUCCUUUUGGAUCGACUACGGCACCAACUACAUCGGUGGGACAGGCGUGACGCAAUCUGAGGCUGCAUGGCGCGUCCCUCUCGCGCUCCAGCUGAUACCCGCGCUCGUCCUCGGUGUCGGUAUCCUCUUCAUGCCCUUCUCGCCGCGUUGGCUCAUGAACAACGGCCGCGAGGAGGAGGCGCUCAUGGUCCUCAGCCGUGCGAGGAGUCUUCCGCCAAACUCAGAGGUCGUCCAGAUUGAAUUCCUCGAGAUCAAGGCUCAGUGCAUCUUUGAAAAGGAGAUAUCUGAGAUUCAGUUCCCUCAGUACCAGGAUGGGUCCUUCAAGUCGAACUUCAAGCUUGGCCUGCACAGCUACUGGAGUCUGUUCCGGACGCCCGCCCUCCUGCGACGUGUGAUGAUCGGCAGCCUGACCAUGUUCUUCCAACAAUGGACGGGUGUCAACGCGAUCCUCUACUACGCACCGACUAUCUUCCACAACCUUGGCCAGACGGGUAACACGGUGUCACUCCUUGCAACAGGAGUCGUGGGUAUUGUGAUGUGGCUUGCGACUAUCCCUGCGGUGCUCUGGGUUGACAAGAUCGGCCGAAAGCCAGUCCUGAUAUCUGGCGCGCUUCUCAUGGCUGCCUGUCAUCUCAUUGUUGCGGUCCUCACAGGUCUCUACCAACAUUCAUGGGCUGAGCACAAGGCAGCUGGUUGGGCCGCGAGCGCCAUGAUUUGGGUGUUCGCUGCUGGGUUCGGCUACAGCUGGGGCCCUUGUUCAUGGAUCGUCGUCGCUGAGAUCUGGCCACUCUCAGUGCGUGGCAAGGGUAUGUCGAUAGCCUCGUCCUCGAACUGGAUGAACAACUUCAUCGUGGGCCAAGUCACACCGACGAUGAUGCAGAACAUCACCUUUGGCACGUUCGUGUUCUUCGGGUCGUUCUCGUUCCUCGGUGCCCUAUUCAUUGCGUUUAUGGUGCCAGAGACAAAGGGUCUCACACUCGAAGAGAUGGACGAUGUCUUCGGCUCAGAAGGUCUCGCCGCCGCGGAUACAGAGCGACAGCUCGCGAUCGAGAAGCGUCUCGGCCUCGACCAAUACGCCUACACGAGCUCGGACGCGGACAGCUCGGAGAAGCAGGAAAUCCAUAUGAACGCCAAGGUGUAGGCGCUGCCAACGAUCUGCUACGAUGCGGCGCUGUCUGUUGGCGCCAUGUAAUGACACUGUGUUCUAUUAUGAGUGACGAUUCGGCGUUGACUGGCAUGUACCCACUACUGUAUAACAGGUUCUGCAUUGUUUGUCCGCAUGCUCUUCCUUGCUGUCUGUCGCACGGCUUGCAUCGUGCAUGCUUUUGAUGCUGCUGUUCAACAGCAAAUAAUGUGGUACGACUCGGAGAUGAAGAUAUAUAUGCAGAUGAAUGAACAUGAGUAUGCCGCCCAGAGUAUCAUAAUGGUGUCCGAGACCGAGGCGAUGCACGGGUUCGCUUUACGAAUUUAUG